AUGGCCUCGUGCAUCACGAGGCUGCUCUUCGCGGCCACUGGAGUUGCCGCGACCACAUCCCUCUUUGUUGACCCCAACGUCGGCAACGACGCCACGAACGACGGAAGCCUCUCUCGGCCGCUGCAAACACUUGCCAAAGCGCAAACCGUCGUUCGCAGCUUUUGCAAGCGCAGCAGGGCCGGCACUCAUGCCGUGCCCACGACUCUGUCGUUUGGCCCUCAAGACAGCGGGGCGUCUGCCACAGCACGCGUCACGUACAAAGCUUACUGCAACCCGACGGCACUCUCCGACUUGACAAUACUGCCGUACCCUUACGUCAUGAACUCGACAACGCAGCUGCGGUAUCUCUGGAACGGCGUCAACAGUCCAUCGACCAGUACGACGCUGCCGCCGCUAGCGUUGCCGCCCGUGUGCUUUGACCUCGUUGGUGUCGGUCACACGUGCUACACGGUCGAGGCGCCUUGCGUCUCGGACUGCAUGACGGCGUGUCAGCGCAACGUCGACAAGCGGAUCUACUCGACCGCCGUGUACGAUCAGUUUUACCUCCUCUUUGGCCGGGAUCUGCACAGCGAGGACGAGUGUGUCGGGCUCUGUGUUCGAAUGUGCAGCACGUGUGAACAACCGAUUCUAUCGGGCAUGCAGACCAUCACAAACGGCGCGUGGGCGCUGUUUGCAGCGCCCGCAUGGAUGGCGCCAUUGAGCCCAAUCUACUCGCUCAGCUUGGCCGGGCGCAAUGUGCAAACAAUCACAGAGCUGUACCUUAAUGGAGACACGCGUCUCCCCCGCGCUGGGUUUCCCAACUCGAAUGGCAGCUACGGCUCUCAAUAUGCCCCGGCGUUCAACGGAUCCGCGCGUAGCUUUGCAUUCGACCCGACCUCCUUCUCGGCCAAGACGGCGCAUUGGACAAAUCUUGCGUCGAUUGCAGUCGAAGUGCGACUCAGCAGUGGGGCCAACGUAUGGUACAACGCCGCGAGUCUUGUUAGCAACGUCAUUGGCCUCGGCGCUGGCGGCGGUACUCUGUCGCCCACUGUGUUUCAAAAUGGCGUUCCGUGGAAUGCGACGACCGCCCGCGUUCGUGCUGAAAACAUUUUCGCCGAGUUUUAUGACGCGACGACGUCGAUGCUGUAUGUGAUUCCACCGGCCGGCGUCAGCUUGGCCUCGGCCAGCAUCUCGUUUCCGACCGUCAAGCAGCUACUCCAGAUCCAGGGGACGCCCGGUAUCGACCUGGGCUACAGUGUGCCUGGCUACUACACGAUCAUUACCGCCAACGAGACAGAGACCGCAGCUCCCCGGAAUCAAGCCGGCUGGACGUCCCACUUGACCUUUGACGGUCUCAUCUUUACGGGCACGACCCGGACUGAAAUGGAGCUCUAUGAAGCGCUACCGGGCCACCCGUGGACGCAAACACGCGUGGCUGCCGUGUACAUUGAGAGUGCGAGGGACAUUGUGAUCCGUCGAUCCACCUUUACCAACCUGCGUGGCAACGCCAUCAUGAUAUCGGGGCGCAACGAAGCGAUUCACGUCGUCCACAACCAUUUCAAGCAGCUUGGUGCGACAGCCGUCACCGUCCUUCCACGCGGCGUCACUGCCUUUCCCAAUCUUUCCCGCUUUGAGAUAUUCAACACCCUGCUUUCCAAUAUCUCGUUCAACCAGAUACACGACUUUGGCCUUGUGACGACCCAAUCCGCGGCGAUUUGGAUGCUCUCGACCAAUCAAACGACUGUGCGCGGCAACCUGGUCUACAAUAUACCUCCGAGCGGCGUGAGCUACAGCAUCACAAACGGCAACGGCGAUGCCACCAAGCCGGGGUACCUCUUGCGACCGUUGUCUACACCAGUGAGCCCCGCGGCUGUACUCGCCAACAGUUUAAGCACUACGUACUCGGUCGUCGUCGAUAUCGGGCGGUUUGACAUUCCCGUUGUCGCGAAGCUCAUUGGCGCACCGAUUUGCCUUCCAGCACAAGGUCGAGGUGGCGCUCUGUACGGCCAUCAGCACAGCGGGUGCUCGGGCUGCUGCCCUACAACAUCUGGCACAAGCACGAUUCGAAACACAGCGCUACCAGCAAUAACGGGUCUCGCAAUGCCACUGCGCCCCGGUGAUUUGCUGCAGCUGCAGGUGACAUCGGCGCCCUACUAUAACGCGCCCGUCGAUGUCUUUGUGGGCUUUCACAUUGUGACGCCUAAUCGCAUCGUCGAGGUGCCCAACUGGCGUUUUCACUGGCAAGUGCGCACACGUUCCUGUGUGGUUGCCACAACGACACAAGUCAUCACGUGUGGUGGUCCGUGCGGCUGCCCCUUGACCAACAUUGCUUCUCAUUUGAGCUGCGCUAUUGGCUACGACCCCAUCCCCACAUCGGUGGCGUGCUCUGGACCGUAUGAUUCUUGGAGUACAUGCCAAAGCGGCGUAUUGGGUCGCGUGCUCUAUUACAAUUGCUCCAUGACAUGCACGACGACUGUCUGCACGUGA